CAGGGUUGUGGUUUUCUCCUCUCUUGGUUGCUGUCAUCGCCCUGGGCCUGCAGUGGCCGCAGGAAGCUGCCACCUUCCCGGCCAUGCCCCUUUCCAACCUGUUUGCCAACGCCGUGCUGAGGGCUCAGCACCUUCACCUCCUGGCCGCCGAGACAUACAAGGAGUUCGAACGCACCUAUAUUCCAGAGGACCAAAGACAUGCCAACAAAAAUUCCCAGGCAGCAUUUUGUUACUCGGAAACCAUCCCUGCUCCCACGGGGAAGGACGAUGCCCAGCAGAAGUCGGUAAGGUCCCUCCCCCGGAGCAAGCACACACCUGUUUGA